UUCCUGAACAAGUGGCAGGUGGAUAAUUCCCAAACGACAAGAAGAUCAAGAUGGACCGCCCGACGGACGCGAACGAACGAUGGCUGCGUGGGCACGCAGAGCGAUCAAGCCGGCAAGGCCAGCGGCUGCGCAGGCUGCCCGAAUCAGAACCUCUGCGCGAGCGGCGCGACCAAGCUCCCGGACCCGACGAUGGUCCAGGUCAAGAACCACCUGAAGGACAUCAAGCACAUCAUCUUGGUGCUGAGCGGGAAGGGCGGCGUCGGCAAGUCGACCGUGAGUUGCCAGCUCGCGUUUGGCCUCGCCGGCAUGGGGCACCAGGUCGGGCUCCUCGACGUGGACAUUACGGGCCCGAGCGUGCCCCGCAUGCUGGGCCUGAGCGGCCAAGAAGUGCACCAGAGCAACGACGGCUGGUCGCCCGUGUACGUCGAUGACAACCUCGGUGUCAUGUCGAUUGGCUUUAUGCUGCCCAACCAAGACGACGCGAUCAUUUGGCGCGGCCCGAAGAAGAGCGGCCUCAUCAAGCAGUUUCUGACCGACGUGACGUGGGGCGAGCUCGACUACCUCAUCAUCGACACGCCGCCGGGCACGUCGGACGAGCACAUUAGCAUUGUCCAGUACAUGAAGGAGACCAAGAUUGACGGCGCGGUGGUUGUCACGACGCCGCAAGAGGUGGCGAUGGCCGACGUCCGCAAAGAGCUCAACUUUUGCCGCAAGACCAACCUCCCCGUCCUCGGGGUCGUCGAGAACAUGGCGGGGAUCCAGCAGUCGCUCGACCAAGUCAAGUUUAUCAACCCCGCGACGUCGUCGGACGACACGGCUCACUUUCUCCAGGUGCUGCGCGAGAAGGCCCCCGAGCUUCUCCCGUACGCUGUCCAGCUCCAAGUGUUUCCGCCGGCGGCGGGCGGCGGCGAAGCCAUGGCGAGUGCAUUUAACGUGCCGUUCCUCGGUCGCCUGCCGUUGGACGCCAACCUCACGCAAGCGUGCGAGCAAGGCGUGAGCUUCCUCGAAGCCUACCCCAAGUCGAGUGCUGCGACGGCGUUCGAUGCCAUCGUCAAGCGCGUCAUCGCCGAAGCCGACAAGCGUGCAUAAGUUGACAACACGACAUUCUUGGAUGA